GCUUCUUAGUUUAUAGGUAAUUUGUAUAUUAAUUCAAAGAAAUGCAAAGAUUUCAGUGCAGUAUUUUUUUUUUGUAUAAAAACGCAGAAUUUUUAAAAUUUGUAUGCUGUAAGAAACUGAAUAUCAAACAACGCUAAUAAAACAAAUAUGGCAAAAUUAUUUAUGAUUGUUCUCUUCGCUUUAAUCGCCGUUGCUUUGGCUCAGCACGGCUAUGGUGCUGCUGGUCAUGGCCAACAAGGUAGUCAUGGUCAACAAGGCGGUCAUGGCCAACAAGGCGUUCACGGUGUCCCCGAAUCUCGCGAUCAUGGUGUUAGCGGUCAUGGACAACACGGUGUUCAUGGUCAACAAUCUGGCGUUCAUGGUCAACAAAGUGGCCAUCAAGGUCAAGGUUAUGGACAUGGCGGUCAUGGCCAACAAGGUUAUAAAACCCAUGGAUAUUAAAUAGUUUGGAACUUACUAAUGACCCUGUGAUUAUGUUGAUGAAAAAAAAUUAAAAUAAAUAUCCAUAUAAACAAAUGAAA